CCUGGGCCCUGGCUGUGAUGACACGAUUCGUGUAGUUCUAGAUUCUACUGAACAAGAUGGCAGCCUCCUCAGGAGUUACAGUUCCACGUAAUUUUCGCUUGUUGGAAGAGCUUGAAGAGGGACAGAAAGGAGUAGGUGAUGGUACUGUCAGCUGGGGCCUUGAAGAUGACGAAGACAUGACGCUUACGAGAUGGACAGGCAUGAUCAUUGGACCAGCACGGACCACGUACGAAAACAGAAUAUACAGCCUGAAAAUAGAGUGCGGACCUAAAUAUCCACAAGCUCCACCAACUGUUAGAUUUGUAACAAAACUUAGUAUGAAUGGAGUAAAUAAUUCUAAUGGGACGGUGGAUUCACGUAGCAUACCAAUUCUAGCCAAAUGGCAGAAUAUUUAUAACAUUAAAAUGGUUCUUGAAGACCUAAGGCGUCUAAUGCUGUCCAAAGAUAAUGCGAAACUUUGUCAACCACCAGAAGGACAGACCUACAGCAAUUAAUUCUCCAUAGAAUCUUCUGACCCUCUGUCUUAAAAAUUACUCUCUUAAAAAAGUUCUUGUAAAUUUUCACAAUGCUCACCACCCACACAUCAUGAUUUUCCUGUGCAGGUGCAGGAUUGGGACAUCUGUUAGUCAAACAAAGUGUUAAAAACAACAAAUUACUAGAACUGCACAGUUAUUUUUCAUCUGUUGGAGGCACUGGGAUCAUGAGCUUGAAGUAUGUGAUAUCUUUAAAAGUUGGCUUAUUGUUCUGAGGCAGGCAUGAUGAUACAAAAGGUCAGGUUAUUUCAGAGCUAUACAUAUUUAGAUGAGAUGAUUGGUCUGAAUAAUAAACAAAAAAUAGGAUGUAUAUAAUGGCAUGCUUUAAAACGACAUCUUAAUUAAAAAAGAGCUACAGAUUAAGUUGUAUGUUAGUGAAAUCUAGCGGGUACACUGAAAUAUGUUUCCAAUUUUGUUCAUGAAUAUUAGUGUGGCUGUAGACUACUAGUUGUGUCACAGAGUGUGCAGGAUUGUUUUUGAUGUCUGUAUUUGACACAAUACCAACUGAUUUCUGUAAAGCCGCUCUGUGUGACAUGUAACGAAUAUUGCAGACAUUCAAGUCUUUGUUCUACAAAUAUCUUGCAUUUAACUUUUAGUGAAAAUAAAAGUGAAAGACAAUAGGUGUAUGGAAAUGUGAUUUUCUGAGAUUAAAUUCAAACUCUGAGAUUAAAGUAUUCAUUUCCUGUUUUCUACCAAAUGUAGAUGAUGAGGGUACACUCUCCAAGAACAGAAAAAUAAUGGUAUUUGCUUUAAUUGCUUUGCAUGAAGGGAUGGAAUUGGCCACUGUGUGUAAAAGGGAAAGGAUUUAGGCACUGUUUCCACUUAAGUUGUGACUGGCUGACUGUGGUUUAGUGCUACCUAGGGAAGAAAGCAGACAUUUGGGUUAGAACCCAGUGAGUACUUUUGUCCCUACUGGGCCUCUUCAGCAUAUGCAAAUUUAGAAACAGGUUUUCAGUCCCUUAGAUGUUUUUACCAUCCAUUAGCAUUGUUGUUAAUCUUCAACAGUUUAGUAGUUGGAUUCCAUUUAAGAAAUAAUUCCUACAGAACCAUGCGCCUUUAUUGAAAACACAAUUGCCAAGCAUCUGCUUAAAAUUGUAUUUGUAUGGAUUUUUUUUUGUAAUAGAUGAGGAAUAAGUCCUGCGGUUCGGAAAUUCUAACUGUAUGGCUGUCACUUGUAUGAGUAAUGUCUCCCCAGAAAAGGAAACUAUUUAAAUUUGGUCAAAAAUAUCUGCAGUAUAAUCAGUGGGUGUUUCUUUGAUUUAAUAUCAUUUAUCUGUCAAAUAGAUCUUUAAUUGCCUAAUAUGUCUGUGAAUCUGAAAGCUGUAGGUUUGCAACUUUUACCAUGUUACGUGUUUCCCUGUAGCUGUGGUAUUGAAGCCAUUCUGGCGCCAAGUCUUUGACAUAAUGGGCACAGAUGAAACCUGAGUUUAGCUAGUGUGAAGAACAGAUCUAGGCUAGUAUCCAACUAUUGGAAUGCAUGAUUAGCGAACUUUAAGUCAAACUGCUGUGUACAAGAUGGUGCUCAUUUAAGUAGUCUGCAUUGGUCACAUGUUAUUCAUUUUGUCCAUUUGAAUGAGGAGACAUUGUCACACUGUCAAUUUUUGGCCUGGGGUUUUUGUGUGUGUUUUAAAUAUUAUUUUUGCUUUUACAUGCUGGGCUUUUAUUUUUUUAUUUUAUUUUAUUUUUUCUGAGCGGUGUAUCACAAUCCUGAAAUUGGGGCCACUCAAAUAUUCAAAUAAACUGUUGACAUGGUUUUCCCUAUUGAUAAUGGGGCUCAAAAUAAGAAAACCUUGUGUUUUGUUUUGUUUGUUGUUUUUCUAUUUUAUCCAACUGGUUAAUUGAAUCAUAAAUUGGUUCAUAUCACUGAUUUUUUAUGAAUAUGAGAAUAUUUUGGAAUGUGCACUCAUUUUUAGAGUUAAAGAUUAGCAGGCAGUUACACUGAAACUUAAGGAUUGUGAAUGGCUUCAGUUACUGAAUCGUCAGCCUAAUUUUAGUGACCAAGCUGAAAAUGUUGGCAGAUUAAUGCAGGUCUGUCUGUUUUCCUUGUUUCAAGCAACCAUUAAAAGUAAUAUUCCCACA